GGAAGGAAAGAAGAAGAAAACCCCAUCGAUGGUCCAAACUCUCACGUAAAGAGAAGCUUGGGAUACCGUUGCCGCCGACAGCCACUUCACGCGCAAGUGAGAUCCUCUUAUCCUUCUCCCAAUGGCUUCGUUCCGCCGCCUCGGCCUCCUCCUCCUCAUCCUCCUCUGCCAUGUCUUCUCCACGCCCGUUGUUGUUUCCGGUCGGAAGGUCUCGCUGUCCUUGUACUACGAGGCGCUGUGCCCCUUCUGCUCCAGCUUCAUCGUGAACCACCUCCCCAAGAUCUUCAGCAACGGACUGAUCUCCAUCGUCGACCUCGAUUUCAUCCCCUUCGGCAACGCCAUGCUCGACCCCAACGGCUCCAUCUCCUGCCAGCAUGGCCAGUAUGAGUGCCUAUUGAACACUGUUGAAGCAUGUGCUAUAAGUUCUUGGCCCAUUGUGCAACAACAUUUUAGAUUCAUUUACUGUAUCGAGCACUUGGUUGAAGAAGGUCAAUACACCAACUGGGAAGCUUGUUUCCAACAGACUGGCUUUGGUUCAAAACCUGUCAUUGAUUGCUAUAACAGUGGAUAUGGGGAUGAGCUUGAACUACAAUAUAAAGCAAAGACAGAUGCACUUCAGCCCCCUCACAUUUACGUGCCUUGGUUGGUAGUUAACGGACAGCCACUCUAUGAGGAUUAUGAGAAUUUCGAGCAUUACGUUUGCAAAGCCUAUGAUGGAGUACCUCCUAGAGCUUGUGAAGGGCUGCUUCUAAGGACAUCCAAGAAGGAAAAACCAAACAAAGAGGAGCCAUUUUGCUAUAUUGAUGGAGUGAUCAGCCCUUCCGCAGCCGGAAAGAAGCACAAAAUGGAGCUACACUACUGACGUAAACCUUCUCAAGUGGCUUCUUCUCAGUCUUCCUUCAACAGUAAUUGUUCAGUGUAGGAUUUAUGUCUUAGAUUGAUAGGCAAACCUUUUAACUAAGGAUAUUCUCAAUGGUAGUAAAAAAAUCAUAUGUA